CUACACCCAGCUGCACCUGUAACCUGGAAACAACCGGCUAGGACCGCCCUGCGCUUACGUCUCUCACGCCCACUUUACGCACAGGCAACACGGUUGUCCCAGGUACUCAUUCAAGUUUGCCUUGAGACUGGGCUGUGGGCUGACAGUGCAGUGACACCGCAGUGGAGAAAGUGUCCAGUUUUCCUUCUGGACGUCCUCGUUUAGAGCAAUCAGGAGAAAAGAAAGUCACUGUUAUACGUCCAACUUAGAAGCCACUUAUCUUGGGAGCACACAGGCUCUAGAGAGCAAGUAACUUACGUCAGUUAACCCGGUGUGAGAGGGUGAGUAAAUCCUAGGAGUGUGGUGACAAGUGCCAGAUACUUUGUUGUCUUAUCAUGCACUGCAGAACUUACUUCUUGCUGGAGAAAGACUUUCAAGAGUUAAAGGAGAAGAAUUAUGAGGUAUGCACUGUGGACCCCUUAAGUGAAGACAUGAUAGAAUGGGAAGCUGAAAUUGAAGGUCAAUAGAAUACAGUUUGGCAUGGUUUUAAAAAUGUUUAUUCUUUAUCAUUCCAAUUGACAAUACAUUUUACAUCAAACUACAGUUUUGUCCCUCCAGAGAAUUUCAGAACGAUUCCUUUUCAUCUGAAUGUAGAUCAACAGACUGACCAACCCUAUAUAGACUUUUUGGACAACCCUGAAGAAUGGAAUACAAGCUAUACAUUGAGCAGCAUCUUACUUACCCUCCAGGUUAUUCUUUCUGAUCCAGUGCUAAAAAAUCGGAAUUUGGAAGCAGCCCAAAUGCUGAUGGAAGAUGAAUCUAUGUACAGACUAAUAAUUCUAAAGCUUUUCCACCAGCCAUUACAAUGUAAAAAGUGCCUACUUACUGUGAUUCAACAAUUUCCUGAUACCUUGGCUUGCUCUCUCAUUCUGCCAGCGACGUUCCUUGACUCUCAACUCCGUUGCCGCCAUUGCUCCCGUGUUCUCUCUGCACUUGGCAGAGCAGUGCUCUUGGCUCCUUACACCCAGAGGAGUUUGCCACAAGGGAGGGGGACGGCCCUGCUGACAGAGUUCUUUCCUUUACGUCCUGCCCCUCCUCCUUCCAGCAGCGCACAGCACGUCAAGAGUAGCUGGUAUCGCUAUCUCCCCAAGAGAAAGGAUGAGAAGAAAACAGAAGACAAGACUGCCCUUUCUUGUGCCCUGCUGUCCAGUAGAUGUCAUCCUUCGCUCUUGUCAGUUCCCUCCCCGGCUGUGUCAUCCAACCAGACAGAAAAGCCUCCAAAGUCCCAAACCACCCAAUCAAUUAAAGCUGUCUCAUUUCAUGAUUACUACAAGACAUGAUCUGGAAUAGCCACAUCAAAAGCCACAGAAUAUUACAGAAGUCCAUUGCUGGAAGAUCAAAAGUUCACUGGAGAAUAUUAUAAAUGGAAGAAAAUUGAGCUAAAACAUCCUAAAAAAUGGAAUUUAAAGUAA